AUGAAAUCAGGAUUCUUCUUUUGUGUGCUGCUCAGUUUGCUGGCUCAGCUUUCUCAAGCCCAGUACCACUACCAGAACUUGAUGAACUACCUGGAAAGUCGCAUGGCGGCCAUGGAGGAACGUAUUGCUCUAUGGCAUGAGCAGAACAAUCGCUACAACUCAGACAUAAAGAAGUUCAGACAGCAAGCUGCAGAUCUGCUGGAGAAACUCGGGAGGGAUCAUGAGAAGCUGCGGCAGGACCUGGAGGGUGCCGGCGUGCGGGUGGACCGGGUGGAGCGUGAGAUGGACUACAUCGAAACCAAGAAUAUACCUAAACCGUGUGUUAAAGUAGCAGACAAAACAGUGGAACAGAAGGCUGUGGAAAAACAGCAGAAGAAGAAGGAUCAGAUGUUUGAGCUCACCGUUUGCGAUCAGAUUGUGUCAAAUAUCCGAGCCAUGAAGAUCCUGAAAAGGCUGGGCAGCCCCAAAGGCAUUUGGACCAGAGAUUCCAGGACAGCAAAGAUCUAUGUCUUUAAUGGCACAUCUGAGGACACACUGUAUGAGUUUAGCACAGUAAAAGAGCUCUCGACAUCAUCUGGCCUAUCUACAGGCAAACAGAUCACCCUCCCAUCUGCAUGGAAUGGUACCGGCCACACUGUCUAUGAUGGCUUUCUCUACUACAUAAGUGAGAGGUCAGAGCUGCAAGUCAUCAAGUACAACCUGGAGAACAGCUCUGUAGUGGACAGAGCUGUUCUUCCUGUGCAAGACAACAUGUCAGUGUAUGGGCUCAACCCCGAGACCUUGGUAGACCUAUUUGCAGAUGAGGAAGUACUAUGGGCACUGUAUGCUGUUGGAGACACCAUUAACCUGGCCAAGAUGGACUCUGACACACUAGAUAUUGAGCAGAUGUGGGACACAGCGUGCCCCAGAAAAAAUGCUGAAGCUGCCUUUAUUGUAUGUGGGACCGUCUAUGUGGUCUACAACACCCGACCCCCCAGCCGCUCCAGGGUCCAGUGUGUAUUCGAUGUUAAUGAAAUGGUGAUGGGUGGAGAAGCCCCACUGCUGUACUUCCCGAGGCGCUUUGGAGCUCACUCCAGCCUGAAGUACAAUCCUGUAGAGAGGCAGGUGUAUGCUUGGGAUGAUGGGUACCAGAUUAUCUACAGGCUCAGCCUACAAAAGAAAUUGUGGGCAUUAGUGCCGCCUCCGGAGGAAUAACUGCUACUGCAAAAAACUGCAAAAAUUACCUGACCAAAAAGAUUGUGUGCACAUUUAUAUAAUAAAACAUAAAC